GUCAGUAGGUAUAAGUAUAAUACUAUAAUAUAAAUUGUAGGUAUUUAAAAAAAUGAUAUACGCCGCACGAUCUAGUAUUCUAAAAUUCUAAUAAUGAUUACAUGACCCAGAAUUUAGAUAAACGAUAGAUAGUAUUUCGAUUUUUGAUAGGAUAAUAUGCCGAAUGUAACGACGUAACGUUGCCCGUUGGAAAGUGAAUAACAGGUUAGAACACUAAAGAUUUCACCGUCACUUGUGGAAUUCGGCGUCUAAGUCAAGUGUUUUAAUUUAUAUUGUAGUUAAUAUUUUCUUUUUUUUUUAAACUGUUUUCAGCGAAUAUUAUUAUUUAUUUCCGUGAAACAUAUUAGUUAAGAAAAAAUUAUAUCAUAAGAUAGAAAUUAGGUACCUAGUAUCUUUUUCAAAAUGGCACUUUCAAAACCAGCUGAAUUUUUACAAAGUUUAGUAUUGACCUAUUUGGAACGAUUGAAUUCAAGACCUAUUCGGACUAAGUCUAUUACCAGUUGUAUUAUUGCGUCACUUGGAAAUAUUACUUUACAGAAUAUUGCUGGAGCUAAGAUGAUUGACCAGGAUAGUGUUGUGGCUUUUGGAUUAUUUGGUCUCUUAUUUGGUGGGCCAGUACCACAUUUUUUCUACGAGUCUUUAGAGAGCACUUUUCCAGAAAAUUCAUCAAAAAUGGUUUUCUUAAAAUUUGGUAUUGAACGUUUAUUAUUUACACCAUUUUAUCAAUUUCUUUCUUUAUAUGUGUUGUCAAGAUUUGAGGGAAAAUCACAUGAAGAUACAAUGAAGCAAAUAUAUGCGAUUUACUGGCCUAUAUUAAAAGCAAAUUGGCAAAUUGUCUCAUUGGUACAGUUCUUUAAUGUAAAAUUUGUUCCUCCAAUGUUACGAGUGUUGUUCCAUAACAUGGUUGGUUUCUUUUGGGCUAUGUUUAUAACAUACAAAAAACGCAAUGACGAUUUUAGACGUGCAAAUACUGUUAAAUAAUCAAGAUUGGAAAAUUAUUUUCAUUAUGAAUUUAUUAACUAAUUUUAUUUACUUUAAAUUAAUUUAUCCUGUUUAGUAUUAUAUAUUAUAGUUUUACUAAAUUUAAACUUUGGAAAUGCUCAAAUGGUGGGUAAAAGGUAAGACUAGAAAUCAAAUGCUUUUGUGUUCAGUUUUUUAUUACAUGAAAUAUAUUUUUGUAUUUGUAGAAUAAAGUUAAUUAAGAAAUGUUUUUAAAUGUUAGUUAUUGGAAGAAAGUUACUGAAUAUUUUACAAUAUAUAGAACAACUAUAUAGCUAGUAGUUAAUAAAUAACAUUCCAAUUUGUAAGGUUUGAUGAGAAUUAAAAUUUAUUUAUUUUUGUUAUGCA